UUCGUUUUCGUGUCGUAAGUCGUAGAUAAAAAGGGAAGUGAAGAAAUAGAAAAGAAUAGAACCAAACAAAACUCCGUGAUGAAUUGCGAUCCCUCUUCACCUUUGUUUUCUCGAAGUUUCAGCUAUCCUUGUCGGAAUUGCGUCGUGUUCCGGCCAACACAACUCUUUCUUCAGUUACUCCCUCAGAUUCAGGCUUUCUAGUUCCUUGUUCCCCAACAACAAGUUCAAGGUCUUGCAUCCACUUAUUCUGAUUCUAUAUAUCCACAGCGUCCCGUGUGAGAAUCAUAUUGUAGAGUUGAUGGGGCAUUUGUCCUCUAUGUUCAAUGGAUUGGCAAGAUCCUUUUCAUUAAAGAAAGCAAAAAGUUCAGGGAGAUGUAGCGGGAGAGAAGCUGCUGAAGCAAUGUCAAAGGAAGCUAAGAAAAAUAACUUGAUACUAUGUAGCUCUGGCACUGUUAAUGUCGAUGGUUCAAACAACUUUGCCUCCGUUUUCUCCAAAAAAGGCCAGAAAGGAGCGAACCAGGAUUGCUGCGUAGUUUGGGAGGAAUUUGGAUGCCAAGAGGACAUGAUCUUCUGCGGCAUUUUUGAUGGGCAUGGGCAAUGGGGUCACUUUGUGGCCAAAAGAGUAAGAGAGUCAAUGCCACCAUCUUUGCUAUGCAAUUGGCAGGAAACCCUUGCCCAAACUUCACUUGAUUCGGAUAUUGAUAUUGAGGCAGAGAAAAAGCAACAUCGAUUCAAUAUAUGGAAGCAUUCUUACUUGAAGACUUGUGCUGCCAUUGAUCAAGAACUACAGCAGUAUCGCAAGAUAGACUCAUUUUACAGCGGAACAACUGCCCUUUCAAUUGUUAGACAGGGUGAAUUCAUUGUCAUAGCAAAUGUUGGUGACUCUCGUGCUGUAUUAGCUACAACAUCAGAUGAUGGAAGUUUGGUACCAGUUCAGCUAACAGUUGAUUUCAAGCCCAAUUUACCUCAGGAGGCAGAGAGAAUCAUUCAGUGCCAGGGGCGAGUGUUCUGUUUACAUGAUGAACCUGGGGUGCAUAGGGUGUGGUUGCCUGAUGGAGAGUCUCCGGGACUUGCCAUGUCUCGGGCUUUUGGUGACUACUGCAUUAAAGAGUAUGGUCUUAUUUCAGUGCCUGAGGUAACACACAGGAAUAUAUGCACUAGAGACCAGUUUGUUGUGCUAGCCACUGAUGGGGUUUGGGAUGUAAUCUCCAAUCAAGAAGCAGUGGAUAUAGUAUCUUCAACACCAGAUAAAGCAAAGUCAGCUAAACGAUUGGUGGAAUGUGCAAUGCAUGCAUGGAAACGCAAGAGGAGGGGCAUUGCCAUGGAUGAUAUUUCAGCUAUUUGUCUCUUCUUUCACUCUUCCACUUCCUCAGAACAAGUUAGCCAAGUUGUCACCUUAAAAUAGAUUAAGAAGUAAAAUGGGCUAGUCAAGUCCUACUUGUUGAUGUUGGGUCGAUGUAACCUAUUUGAUUAAAAAGUGUCUAUAUCAUGUUUCUGAUUCGUCCUUUGGUUUACCUAGUACGCUUACUUACUCUAGUUGUUACUUGUUAAAAAUGGUAGUAGUUGCUACUUGCUUCCUUGUCCUAAAGAGAGGAACCCAAUUCCAGCAAUUUGGUAGUUCCCAAGUUGAA